UCCUGUCCGUCAGAGGUGCAGUCCCAACGGGGGCGUACCGCCGUUUUCGCGUUUGCCUCGCUGGGUGACUCCGCUUGUUUGUCGGCUGCGUGAGUGCCUAGAGCUUUUUGGUGGAAGAUGCCGGACAGUAACUUCGCAGAACGCAGCGAGGAGCAGGUGUCUGGUGCUAAAGUCAUCGCCCAGGCCCUGAAAACGCAAGAUGUGGAGUACAUAUUUGGAAUCGUAGGCAUCCCAGUGACCGAAAUUGCCAUUGCUGCCCAGCAGCUAGGCAUCAAGUACAUCGGGAUGAGGAAUGAGCAAGCGGCUUGUUAUGCUGCCUCCGCGAUUGGAUAUCUGACAGGCAGGCCAGGAGUCUGCCUUGUUGUUUCUGGCCCAGGUCUCAUCCAUGCCUUGGGUGGUAUGGCAAAUGCAAACAUGAACUGCUGGCCCUUGCUUGUGAUUGGUGGUUCCCCUGAAAGAAACCAAGAAACGAUGGGAGCUUUCCAGGAGUUUCCUCAGGUUGAAGCUUGUAGAUUAUAUACCAAGUUCUCUGCCCGUCCAAGCAGCAUAGAAGCUGUUCCUUUUGUUAUUGAAAAGGCAGUGAGAAGCAGUAUCUAUGGUCGUCCAGGUGCUUGCUAUGUUGACAUACCAGCAGAUUUUGUGAACCUUCAGGUGAAUGUGAAUUCUAUAAAGUACGUGGAGCGCUGCAUGUCACCUCCUAUUAGCAUGGCAGAAACCUCUGCUGUGUGCACGGCAGCUUCUGUUAUUAAGAAUGCCAGACAGCCCCUUCUUAUCAUCGGGAAAGGUGCUGCUUAUGCUCAUGCAGAAGAGAGUAUCCAGAAAUUGGUGGAGCAAUAUAAACUGCCAUUUUUGCCCACCCCUAUGGGGAAGGGUGUUGUCCCUGACAACCAUCCAUACUGUGUAGGUGCAGCCAGAUCCAGGGCUUUGCAAUUUGCUGAUGUAAUUGUGUUAUUUGGUGCCAGACUAAAUUGGAUUUUACAUUUUGGACUGCCUCCAAGAUACCAGCCAGAUGUGAAGUUUAUCCAGGUUGAUAUCUGUGCAGAAGAAUUGGGUAAUAAUGUAAAGCCGGCUGUUACUUUACUAGGAGACAUAAAUGCUGUCACUAAGCAGCUUUUAGAGGAACUUGAUAAAACACCAUGGCAGUAUCCUCCAGAGAGCAAGUGGUGGAAAACUCUGAGAGAAAAAAUGAAGAGCAAUGAAGCUGCAUCCAAGGAACUAGCUUCCAAAAAAUCUCUGCCUAUGAAUUAUUACACAGUAUUCUACCAUGUUCAAGAGCAACUACCUAGAGACUGUUUUGUGGUAAGCGAAGGAGCAAAUACUAUGGACAUCGGACGGACUGUGCUUCAGAACUACCUUCCUCGCCACAGGCUUGAUGCUGGUACUUUCGGAACAAUGGGAGUUGGUUUAGGAUUUGCUAUUGCAGCUGCCAUGGUGGCUAAAGAUAGAAGCCCUGGGCAACGGGUCAUCUGUGUGGAAGGAGACAGUGCAUUUGGGUUUUCUGGCAUGGAGGUGGAAACCAUCUGCAGGUACAACUUGCCAAUCAUACUCUUGGUAGUGAAUAACAAUGGAAUUUACCAAGGUUUUGAUACUGAUACUUGGAAAGAAAUGUUAAAAUUCCAAGAUGCUGCUUCAGUGGUCCCUCCAAUGUGCUUGCUGCCAAAUUCACAUUAUGAGCAAGUCAUGACUGCAUUUGGAGGAAAAGGGUAUUUUGUACAAACACCAGAAGAACUCCAAAAGUCCCUGAGGCAGAGCCUAGCAGACACAACUAAACCCUCUCUUAUCAACAUCAUGAUUGAGCCACAAGCCACACGGAAGACCCAGGCUUUAGUUGAAGAACCGUCAAUCCUCCUGUUGUCAUAAAGCAUUUUGGGGUCUCCUCGGAAGUCCCUGACCUUCCCUGACUUCCUAUCUCCCUACCAAGAAUGUGGUUUUGCAUCCUCAGAGUUGAGUGAUUCUUGGACUCACAGCCUUUCUGAGUCUGGUUUCAGGCAAAGACAAGGUUGAUUGGUGCUCCAUGGAGAACAUGUCUAGGCCUAAAGGCUAGAGCACUGGUGACAUCUGAUUCGAUGUGUCAUUCAGCAGCCUGCAUGGCUCAUAUCUAGUCUUGCUAGUCAUUGUUCCAGCCAGCCAAUGACCUGAACCUCUGCUGCCGUCUCCAGAACUUCACAUAAGCCUCAGUUUUCUCAUUUGUAAAAUGGGAAUUAUAAUUCUACUCUUGCUGCCUCACUUAUGAGUAUCAAAUGAAAAAAAAGGUAAAGAUUUUAUACAAAAUAAAGCCCUAUAUAAAAAGUAUCAUACCCGUAACGUGUUUAGUGUACAACAUGUAGAUAAAAGUGGGGAGCUAAAUAAUAAGAGUUAAAUAAAAAUGGGUUUGAGGGUCAAGUAUGUUGGGGGAAAAGCAAAGUCAAUGCAUUUCUUUACUGCAGGACUUCUCAGUGUUUUUGAUAUGCCAAUAUAUGUUGUCAGUUUCCAACAGUGACAUAAAACAGGCAGGGUUUCCUAAUGUCCAUGAACUCCUCUGCUUUUCAAAAACCGCACAUCUCAGAAUGAGCACACCUCCCAGCAUGGUAUGAAAAACACUGUAUUGGAUAAGAUUACUGUCGCUAGUGUUGUGAUUGCACUCCAGAUGGCUCAAGGCCAGCCUACCAUCUCUGCCCUGAAAGUGAGGAAAACCAAGAUCCUGGCCCUGGAGAUGUAACUAUGGGCGAAAUGCCUGGAUAAGUCUGAUGGGUCUUAUCAGACUCGUUAGCUCUUCUGGCCCUCUGACGAAGCUAUGCUUUGCAUUUCCAGGCCCCAUCAGUUCUGGCUUUGAUUUAAGCCCGAGUUGCCAGGGAACAGUGAGCUGUGAGGAGGGGCUUUCCUGGGGCUUCUCAGUUGCCCAGGCUUGCCUGGCUAUGACCUCUGCAUUAACUGAAGUGUCAUCCAUUCUGGGCCAGAGAGACCAGGCUCAGAGCUCUGUUCCUCUGCCAGGACCAAUCAAUAACUCUGCUCUUCACAACACGUCUGCGAAAGACUUGUUGGACCUCGGGCAUGCAGGAUUGGCGCCUUUUUCCUUUCUGCUGUUUUUUUUUACUCCUAAGGCUGCCAUAACUUGAUUUUGUAAAAAUAGAAUUUUGUUUUUCAAUUACAAAUUAAAUAAAGCUCAUUGUAAAAAUUUUAAUACAAAUAUGUAUAAGCUUGAAAAGGGAAUUCUCCUUUUAUCUUCCCUCAUCCCAUAUACUGUGGGAUGUACAUCAUUUUAGAUCUUUCUCUAUGCACAUAUAAAAACUGAUAAACAGAUUUGCUUGUUGGUUCAGAAAUUUGGUCAGAUAUACUGCCACUUUCCUAUUUCACUCGACAAUGUUCCACUGACAGUCUUCCAUUUCAGUGCACACAUGUGACAUUUUUCUUAUUUUUUAAAGUCAGAUUUACUGAUGGAAAAUGUAUAUAUAAUAAAACUCACCCUUUUUGAGAGUAUGGUUUGAUGAAUUUUGACAAAAUAUACAACCACUCUAAUCAACAUAAAGAAUAUUUUCAUCACCGCUAGUUCUCUUGGGCCCCCUUCUCUUCUCACAACUCUAACCCUUGGCACCGUGGAUCUGUUCUCCAGCUCCAUAGUUUUGCCUUUUCCAGAAUGUCCUACUAAUGGAAUUAUACAGUAUGUAGCCUGUUGUGUCUGGCAUCCUUCACUUAGCAUAUUGCACUUGAGAUUCUUCCAUGUUACUUAGUUUAUUCCAUUUUAUUGCUGAGUAGUUUUGCAUUGUUUGUACACAUGCAGUUUGUUUAUCCAUUCACUGGUUGAUGGCCAUUUUGGGUUGUUUCUAGUUUUAGCUAUUACAAAUGAAGUGGUUAUGAACUUUCAUGUACAGUCUUUCUGUGGACAUGUGUUUCAUUUCUCUUGGAUAAAUACUGAAGACUAGAAUUGUUGGAUGUAUAAUAAGUAUAUAUUUGACUUUUUAAGAAACUGACUUUUUUUUCCAAAGUGGUUACACCAUUUUGUGUUCCCACUAGCAAUGUCUGAGAAUUCCAGUUGCUCCAUAUCCUCACCAACACUUGGUAUUGUCAGUCUUUUAAAUUUUAGCUAUUCUAGUAGAUGUGUAGUUGUAUCUCACUGUGGUCUUAAUUUGCAUUUCCCUAAUGACUAAAGAUGUUGGGAAUCUUUACAAAUGUUUGUCAUUAAUGUAUCUUCUUUGGUGAAAUAUAUAUUUGCAUCUUUCUCUUUCCUUCCUUCCUUUCUUCCUUCC